UCCAACAUAAUCAAUAAGAUAUAAAGUUAUACAUACCUUAUUAUAGUUGCGGAAAUGAAAAUGGCACGUACGACUAUUCUGGUGCUGGCCCUGGCUCUAGCCACAGCGAGCCUCAUGAGGCCCUGCAACGGCGCCCUUGAGGCGGGCUUCUACAGGGGGAAGUGUGGGAUAGCCGACAUCGAGCAGGUGGUGCGGGGUGUUGUGGUGGCUCGAUUCGUCAGGGACCCCACCAUCACGGCGGCACUGCUUCGCCUGCAGUUUCACGACUGCUUUGUCAAUGGAUGCGAUGCAUCGAUACUGCUUGACGGGGAAAAGAGCGAAAAGACUGCUCCACCAAACUUGAGUGUGAGAGGGUACGAUAUCAUUGAUGCUGCCAAGUCUGCCGUGGAGGCCAUCUGCCCGGGAGUCGUCUCUUGCGCCGAUAUCAUCGUGAUGGCAACUCGGGAUGCUGUGUCCUUGAGUGGAAGGAAGUGGUACCUGGUGCAGACAGGAAGGAAAGACGGGCUCGUAUCGCUUCCAUCGGAUGUCAAUCUUCCUGGCCCUACGAUUUCCGUCUCACAGUCCAUUGCUGCAUUUGCUCAGAAGGGACUCUCUGUAACUGACAUGGUUUAUCUUCUAGGUGGCCACACCGUUGGGGUUGCGCACUGCUCGUUCUUCCAAGACCGUCUCUACAACUUCCAGAAAACCGGAAAGCCCGAUCCAACCAUGGACCCUGCCCUUGUCCGUACCCUCAGAUCUAGGUGCCCUGAGAAAUCUAAGGUCGAUAACACUGUGAACCUUGACCAGAACCAAUUGAGUGCAUUGACCGUCGACAACUCUUACUACAAACAGCUCCAGGCUCAUCGGGGCAUCCUACAGAUCGACCAGGAGCUUGCUCUGGACAGGCUCACCAACGCCACUGUGUCAAAGAUCGCCAAGAGCUUGGAUUUCUCAACCAAGUUUGGUGAGGCCAUGGUCAAGCUUGGUGCUCUCCAGAGCGGCUCGCCCGGUGAGAUCCGGAAAUCUUGCCGUGCAGUCAAUCCUCCAAGGAGCAAGUGACUUCUUUCAAGAGGAAUCAAAUACUUGAACUAGUUAAUUUUGCUUAUUUUCUCAUCAUUGAUUUUGUUGUUUCCCAUUCAAUUCCUGUGUUUUUUCCGAUAAGUAAUCAAUUGCCGCUUUUGCUUUUGAGAUUUUUCAAAGUUUCUACCUUGCGAUGUAAUGUUGUAAGAUCGAUUGUAAUCCUUUUAUUACCAUCUGACUAUACAUAAUAAGUCAAUAUCACGAGUUUCUUAUCGUUAUACAUUGUAGAGUUUUCGAGUUAUUACUGAAUUGUGAUUUC